AACAGUUUAGUUUGAAACGUCGACGCGUUGAAAUAUAACUGACAACUAAGUAAAAUCGUGAAGCAAAUAACGGUCAAUGUUAUUAUAAAGAAAUACAAAACAAACUGUAUAUACCAGUUAAAUUAAAUGAAUAAAUUGAAUUAACAACGUUACGGUUAAACGAAUUUAAAAUUCAUAAAAGUGAACAAACGGUUUUGGAGCGCUUUGGGCGAGCACUUAGUGGCUGCUUCAGCUGGGUGCUUUAAGCGUUCAAAUAACCUUUCAAAUAAGUGCGGCAAUUUGUUUUUGUUGUGAAAAAGUGCCAACAAAUACUAUAAACGAAUAUAAAAAAAAAGCGCAAGGAAAUUUCGCAUGCUUUAAUUAGAUUGAAUUGCGAAGUUAUUCAAGCAAAAAAUCAAAAUUCCAAGCUAAAAACGCAAAAGGAAGAAGGAACCGCAAACUCGCAGAAGUGUAUCUCUGAAUAAAAACAAAAAACAAAAACACCAAGUACAAUAAGAGUUAUUAAAGCAAAUUACACAAAUACUUUCCUGCAAUUUGAUCUCUCUUUGAAAUACGAGCAGAGAAACAACAAAGCUAAAAAACAAAAGGAAGUCACAAGCAAAACUUUACGAAAAACACCUACGCUGAGAACGUACUGAGGUGUGUGUGAGUGUAUCUGCGCGAGAAUUCCACGCCAACAAGGCGAAUACUUUCCCAACGCGUCAACUGCAUUGCAAAGUGACAAGUGAGACAGGUAGUCAGUCAGUCAGUUGGUUAGUUCGAGUGAUUGGAGUAACAGUGCCGCAUACAAAAUGAAGACAAAUCCAGCGUUGGAUCAUGUUUACGUCAACGAUGGUUUCAAGUGUUCUUCGAUCAGCAUAACAACGAACGGCACAGAACCGAAUGGCAGUAGUGGCGGUUCGCAGGGAUCAAAUGAAUUUAUAUUAACCAAAGACGGCAAAAAAAUGAUACCACCUAUUAAAACAAUGGAUUGUGCCAAAGCUUGGGUGCAGGAUCGCACAAGACGCACCUUCAACCGCAAGACACUCUACAAACGUCUGCCCAUACUCAACUGGUUGCCCAAAUAUUCCAGCGAAGAUGCUGUGGGCGAUGUAGUGGCGGGCCUGACAGUGGGUUUAACGGUGAUACCGCAGGCGUUAGCGUAUGCUGGUGUAGCCGGACUUCCAGCAGCUUACGGUUUAUAUGGUUCCUUUUUGGGUUGUUUCAUUUACAUUUUCCUCGGCAGCUGCAAAGAUGUGCCAGUCGGCCCAUCGGCUAUCGUGGCGUUACUAACCUUCCAAACCGCUAAAGGUUCUUGGCAAUUGGCAGUAUUACUUACUCUGCUUUGUGGCAUUGUAGAAUUGUUUAUGGGCAUUUUUGGUUUGGGUUUCCUGUUGGAUUUCGUUUCCGGCCCAGUCUCGUCCGGUUUCACAUCAGCGGUUUCGCUUAUUAUUGUGGCAUCGCAAGUGAAAGACAUCCUGGGCAUACCAGCGCCUGGUACAACAUUUUUAGACAUUUCAACCCAUAUCUUCGAGAACAUCAAAGAGACACGUGCCACAGACACAGUGCUGGGCAUCACUUGCAUUGUAGUGCUGCUGAUGAUGAGGCUCCUUUCAUCGUUCAAGCUUGGCCCCAAGGAGCCCGCACUCCGCUCGAAGGCUCAAAAUGUAUUUAACAAAUUGAUGUGGCUCAUAGGCACCUCGCGUAAUGCCAUACUCGUCAUCGUUUGCGGUUUCUUGGGCUUUGUGCUGCAUUCCCAUAACGAAAAUACGCCCUUCCGCGUUAUUGGUUACAUUCCCCCCGGCUUGCCCGCUGUACAACCACCGCCAUUUCACUUAACUGCGAAUGAAACCUUAUCCGGACACGAGGAGGGUUUCAUUGAUAUGGUGAAAAAUUUGGGUUCCGGUCUUAUUGUAUUGCCGCUCAUAUCAUUGAUGGAGACUAUUUCGAUUGCUAAAGCUUUUGGUAACGGUAAACCAGUAGAUGCCUCGCAAGAACUGAUCGCCAUUGGCGUUGCAAAUAUUGCCAACUCUUUUGUGCAGGGCUUCCCUGGCACGGGUGCGUUGAGUCGUGGCGCAGUCAAUAACGCCAGUGGCGUGAGAACACCACUCAGCAAUAUCUACUCUGGCAGUUUAGUAAUACUGGCGCUAAUCUUCUUCACACCAUAUUUCUACUUUAUACCCAAAUCGACUUUGGCGGCGAUUAUUAUUGCUGCCGUUAUGUUUAUGGUGGAGGUGCGCGUAAUCAAACCAAUGUGGCGUGCGAAAAAAAGUGAUCUUGUGCCUGGUCUUGGCACGUUCAUCGCCUGUCUGGUGUUACCACUGGAAAUCGGUAUACUUAUCGGUGUCGGCUUAAACGUCAUCUUUAUACUCUAUCAUGCGGCUCGUCCAAAAAUUACCACAGAAAUUCUCACCACACACGCUGGCAAUGAAUACCUUAUGAUCACACCAGAUCGUUGCUUGAUUUUCCCCUCCGUGGAUUAUGUACGCAAUCUGGUGACGAAACAUUCCAUGCGCCAACAUGUGCCCGUCGUCAUCGAUGCCUCGCAUAUUUAUGGCGCUGAUUUCACUGCAGCCACCGUCAUAGAAUCGCUGUUGAGUGAUUUCGCCGCGCGUUCACAACUCUUAUUCUUCUACAAUCUUAAACCCAGUAUUUGUGCGUUAUUCGAGACGCUCUCACCAGCGGAAUUCGUUGUCUACUAUCAGGAGGAGCAGCUCGAUCAGUUGCUAAAGGAUCGCAAUUAUGAACAAAAGAAAACAAUAACGGUGUAGAUAAGAUUUAUAAAGUAAUGGUAGAUGCCAUUACGUGAUUGUUGGCAAAAAUGUGAUUGCGUUGGGUCUUGGUGACCUGCGCUACUAAAUGGUUGGUUAACUAUUAACUAUUCUUGCUUGCUUUAAUUCUUAUUGAUACGAUUUGUUUAUUAUUAGUGAAGCUUGUAGGUUUGUCUUUUUCCAAAUACGUCCUUAGUUUUAGUUAUACUCGUAUGUAUGCGCAUACAUACAUAUAAAGUAUUAUCUUGGUAUAGAGAGCCAAAAAAAGGAAGAAAAUCUUUUUACACUUUUACAUAAUUAUAAUUUAUGUAAUUUAAAUAUGUAUUCAUUUAAGGCAGACAAAAGUGAGAUCGAUUUAUGUUUAUACAAAAUAUUAAAAAAAAAUCCUAUUUAUUAUACAAAUCAGAGGCAAAACAUAAACGAAACGAGGAAUUGUUUAGCAUUGAGAUGCAGAUUUUAUCUAAAUGAAAUAUAAAGUACAAUGAACUAGAAACUCUAAGAGUGCUAUGAAUUUGUUAAAACGAGUCAAAUUAAUAGAUAUUAGCAAACUCAUUUUACGAUUUUGAAAGCCUGAAAGUUCUUAGAAAGUAAUUUUUGAGUUGCAUAAAAAGCAUUAAGUUUUGCGUAUGCCUGGUUUUCUGAAUGCCAUUUUUUGUACGGCAUAAUUUGAUACGAAAUGCCCACACUUUUUCAUUUUAACAUUUUGCAUUGCUCUUUAUUACGCACUGGAACCAUAGGAAAUAAAAAUUUUGGAUUCAAUUCGAAAUGGCCCUUAAUGGCUGGUAGGCGCUUUCACUAGAAUGGCACUCUUCGUCAUGAAAACAGUCAUAACGAAAACCAGGCAUUACUUCGGGGAAAGUAGAUAUAUAUAUAUGCGACGCCGCCGUAGCCGAAUGGGUUGUUGCGUGACUACCAUUCGGAGUUCAAAGAUAACGUAGGUUCGAAUCUCGGUGAAAGACCAAAAUGAAGAAAAAGUUGUUUCUAAUAGCGGUCGCCCCCCGGCAGACAAUGGCAAACCUCCGAGUGUAUUUCUGGCAUGAAAAAGCUCCUCACGAAGAAUAUCUGCCAUUCGAAGUCGGCUUGAAACUGUAGGUCCCCCCAUUUGUGGAAUAACAGCAAAACGCACACCACAAAUAGGAGGAGGAGCUCGGUCAAACACCCAAAAAGGGUGUACGCGCCAAUUGCAUAUAUAUGUAUAAAUAUAUGCAUAUAUUAGAGUGGCCUAAAAAAUAUUUCUUGAUGCAGGACCCUAAAUUUGAGCUAUGGGCAAAAGACAAAUAUACGCAUAUUUUUUAAUUUUAUUUUUUUAUUUUUGUAUAUGAAAAUUUUCAUUGAAGUCCCAUGUGAAGAAGAUACCUUGAUGUCGAUUUGGUAUAAAAUGUUCACAGAUCGAUAUUAUUUAUUUCGCUUCAUAAAUCUCCAAAAAUCUAAACUAAAAAAAAAACAAAAACAAAGAAACAAACAAAAAAAUAUUGCUAUUUUUUAUAAGGGGGAAAAAACUACACAAAAUUAAAAACAAAAUUAUUAAAAAGUUGUAUCAAAAAACUUGAAUAUCAUAUUUUGAAUAUUUAUGAAGCGAAAUGAAAAGAGAAGACUAAUUAAUAUCGAUCUAAAAUCAUUCCAUACAAAAUUUACCUAAAAGUCCAUAUUUCCGCAUAGGAAAUGGUGCAUCGUUUUUUUUUUUUUGAGCCACUCUAAUAUGUAUGUGUUAUAUACAUACAUAAAUAAAUCAAAUUUCAUCUACUAUAAUAUUUUCAAAAUAAUUUAUAUUAUGUGCGUCAGUUAAAGAAAGGUGUUGUUAUUGGCAAAUUAUAAGUAAUUGCACAACAAACAUUCAAGUACUUCCUUUGAGAAUUAUAAGUCAUUAAACGCUAGUGAAGUUUACUUUUAAAGCCCUGUAUUUUUAAGGUAAUUAUAGUUUGAUUAAGUAAACAUGUGUAAAUAUGUAUGUAUUAAUCUAGUAUACGAUAGUAUGGAGUGUUAAUAAUGACUUAAAUAGUUGUUAAGGAGUCGUGCAAUAAAGCAAUUAAGAAAUAAGUCCUGUAAAAA